UGAAGUCAUGUCACUCCUCCACUUGGCCCCUACAGCAUGGCUAGCAGGGAAGGAGAGAGCCAAGGUUGUGAUUAAGAAGAACGUGUCAGGCAGAAGCUCAGGCCAUAUUUCCAUCCCCCAGAUUGAAGGUAGACCUGGUCAGAGGUCAUUGCAAAGAAACAUGUACAGCCAGAUGAAAUAAUGUAGGACUACUACAGUUGUUAGUCUUUAUAGCUCUUAAUUUUGUUUGUAGUUUAAUUCACUUAACUGAUCCAUCCAUCCAUUCAUUCAUUAGCAAUAACUGUUCAGUAUAGGAUCAUGGUGGUCUAGACCGUAUGCUGGUAGCACAGGGUGUGAGGCAGGGGUACAAUCUGGAUGCCAGGACAUGAGCGCGACCUGUUGAGCCACAGUGCUGUCAAAGGAUGGACCCCAGUUCUGCCACCCUCUUUUGCAUGCGCUGCAAAUUUAGUCAAUUUGUGAUUUGUGCUGGAGCAUUUAGUGGUUCAGGGAAUGUUUAAUAUUGGUGAUUUUUAAAAAACGCAUGCCUCUUGGUGUGAUUAACACUGUAACAUGAUGUCGUACAAACAAGCUUUAUAACACCACAUUUCUUUUGUUUCAGUUCUCAUGGCGCUUUGUUUGCCUUUUUAUUAGGAAAAUACUGCAACCUUGACUAAUUUGCAAAGAUGGUGAAAUAAUAAACUUCCAAGUAACAUGUAGAAGGAAGACCAAUCUGGUGAAAUUAUCCAGUGUCAUAAAAUGUCUAUGAUUAUUACACACACAUUGUCCUACAUGUUCAUAUUACUCUUCUUGCAUAAAAUACAGACAUAGUGAUUUUAUAUUUUAAUAAUGACAUUUAAAAGUGCAAUAGUUUGUGUGUUAGACGAUAUCUCAUUUCAUGAGCAGUUAAUGCAGCAGUACAGAAUUCCUGAGUUUCACAAACUUUUUCUCACAACUGUAUUUCUCUCAUGUUGGUCAUUAAGUAUUUUUGUGUCUGGCCAUCCGUCCUCCUAGGAGUUAGCAGCAGGUUCCACAGAGGCUGCCUUGCUGCUGCUGUUUUAGUGAUUGCUGCCAUUGUCCUGCUAAUACUCAUCUCAUGUGUGUGCUUCAGAAAACCCUGCUGUUUCAACACAAGAAAAGGAGAGACCGUCUAGCAUUUGUUAGCUGUAAAGCUGCUGUACAGGCACUCCUCACUUAACGAUCUACCUGUUUGAUGACCGCGUGGACUUGCGACCAGCUCUCCGACCAGUCGGUAUUGUACGCUGUGCGAGAACUUUGGUCGUGGAAAUGGCAGCGCAGCGUUUCAGUGUCAAGCAUCUCAUCUCGCAUCACCCUGUCUGUCUCGUUCCCACAGUCGUAACCCAGGAUGCGACGCUCUAAGACGCACCUGCAGAGAGCAAUUAGAAGGACGGAGCGCAAAGCAACCGGAAGCGACGGUUACCACAGCAACGGCCGCAGAGGACAACCGGUGCGCUGUAGCGCGAGGGCCGGAAAGAUGGCGGAGAGCAGCGGGUUGGAGAAACUGGACAGCGGGGCUCUGAGUCCGGAGCAGCAGGAAAAACUGCGACAGUUCAAGAUAAAGACUCGAAUCGCCAAUGAAAAGUACCUGAGCGCGCACCCGGAGCUCGAGCUUUUGCUCAGUGAGUUCUUAAGAGACAUCUUUUUUAAAAGACCUGUUGAUAUCCGGGAAUUUGCAGCAGACUACUUCACAGAUGCAAACCUCCCGAAGAAAAUCUUGGCAAAAGUUGAAGAUAACAAUUCCUGAAUUUUAUUUUAAAAAAAUUCCCUAGCAGUAUGUAAGACGCUAUAGACAUCUGAGUUACGUCGUCAGUCUGAAUCACUCAUGUGGUGCCUUGAGGGCUGUGCAGUAAUGCAUUCAAUCUAAAGUAGUUCAAGAGCUACACAGGGGGUCUUUAACAGGAACCUGUAAAGGUGUAUCGAGGUGUGGAUUUUCAGUCCUUAAACGUGUACCAUUUUGACCUUUGUUCUUGAAUCUGUCAUUUAUGUCAGUGCAUACAGGGCAGCUAAUAGUGUAGUGGUUAGAACUGCUGCCUUCAGAUCAGGAGGUCCCUACUGCUGUAGUACCCUUGAGCAAGGUACUUACCCUAAACUGUUCCACAAACUUACCCAGCUGUGUAAAGCGGUAAAUAGUUCUAGGUAUCUUACCAUUGUAAGUUGCUUUUAAAGUGUCAGCUAAACGUGUAGCUGCAAUGUCACCUGCUUCCUGGCUGAUUUCCAAAUGUGCAUGUUGGCUGAAAUGACUUAAGGAGCCCAAGUAUUGUACACUAUUGUGAUUAUUGGCACAUUUCCUCAGAAUUAAAGGUAGAUGUAUACUGUUUCUGGAAUACACAGCAAUAUGGUUUUAAUUAUCAAGAUACUGCCACGUGGCUGUAGGCUGGCGUCUCGUCGACCCUGGUUGGGUCGUCUGGACCUGCGUGUCUCAACACGUGCGGUGACCCCAGGUAAGAUCCCUCAUGUCCAGGUGCAUUGUAAGAUGUAUGAGAAAUAAAGUGAAUGUUGAAAGGCUUGGUAUGAUAGUGUUAACUAAGGGAGAAGGCCACCAGCACCACUUAUCUCAUGACAUUUUUCUGUUCAGAAUCAGAAUGAGGUUUUAUUUGCCAAGUGUGCUGACGCACACAAGGAAUUUGCUUUGGGUGCUUGGUGCUUGCAGUAUUACAGACAGUAGACAAAAGACAGACAGCUGGCACAAACACAGAAUAAAUAAAUAACAUAUUUAUAGAGUAAAAAAUAAAUACAAAAAAAAAGAAAACUACAAAAGUGAUGGGAUAUAUUGUACUGAUAGGAGACCUAUAAGGGAGUGUAACUGUCUAUGAGAGUGAUGCCCAAGGGGAAAAAAACUGUUCUUGUUGUUGUUCUGGUGGGCACUGUUUUGUAACACCUGCCCGGAGGGGAGAAGUGUGAGGAGUUUGUGCUCGGGGUGUGUGAGGUCAGCGAUGAUUUUCCCCACCUGCUUCCUCGUUCUGGUCUCGUACAAGACCCGAAGGGUAGACGGGUGUACCAAUGAUCCUCUCGGCUGUCGUGACCGUCAUUUGCAGCUUAAUUCUGUCCGAUCUGGUAGCUGAGCCAAACCAGACAGUUACGGCAGUGCAUAGGACGGACUCAAUAACAGAUCAGCAGGUCCUGUGGUAGGUUGAACAACUUCUUUAGUUGGUGAAAGAAGUACAUCCACCGUAGGGCCUUUUUCCACAAUGGAGUCAGUAUGUGGGGGGUGCAGUGGGUAGUGGGUUGG